AUGAAUACUCGAAGUGGACAACGAUCACUGAGUGGUCAACACCAUCCAGAAAUGGAUGAGAUUAUUGUGGAAGAUGAGGACACGGAGAUGUCACAGUACGGCAUUACACCUGAAGAGGACGAAGAUGAAGAGGUGGAGGAGGAGAUUGUCGGCGAAGAGGGCAUCGUUAAGCCAUCGAUGAUCGGUACACGCGCUGAGAAGUCACUGGGUCUGCUCACACAACGAUUCUUGCGAUUGCUGCAGACUACACGCAGCGGUAUUGUUGACUUGAACACGGCUGCUGAAGACUUAAACGUAAGACAGAAACGUCGUAUCUAUGAUAUCACAAACGUCCUCGAAGGUGUUGGCUUGAUUGAGAAAAAGUCAAAAAAUAUCAUUCAAUGGAAGUGA